UUUAACAGGUAUUUUCUGCAUUUUGAUAAUUAGCGUGAAUCUUCCUAGUUCUGCUCUGCAUGCAUUACUUUGGUGUUUUACCUUGUAAACUCUCUAAGAGCAGGGCAGGGCAGUAAACACUAUAAAUCUGCUGAAGACAUACCAACACAUUCAUUUAUAUAGCUCUCAAACUUGGUUACACAACACGGCUUUAGAGCUCGCAAGAAAAGGCAUUUCGCUGUACUUGUGCACGUGACAUUAAAACUGGACAUUUGAAACAAUCCACAUCACAGUCCACUGCAAGGAGAAUUCGGAUUACAUUGGUCGACUCGGUAGUUCAGCGUUCAACUCUCCGUUUCCAGUCGCAGGGCUACCUCGCUGUCUCAUUUCUGACAGGACCUUCAGAAUGUCGGAGAAGUACAACAGCCACAUCCUGGUGAUGGAGGACCGAGGGACUAACGGGUCUCUUGAGUCUACCGGUACCGCCAAGUCCCCUCAAGGUUCAACCGUUAGUUUCCAUAACGUCCACUAUAAGGUGACGCAGAGGAGCGGCUGUCUGUGUAUCAAGAGGAAGACCACCACCAAAGACAUUCUCAUAGAUCUGAACGGUCUGAUGAAACCAGGGCUGAACGCUAUCAUGGGGGCCACAGGAAGCGGGAAGUCAUCGUUUCUGGAUGUGCUGGCAGCCAGGAAGGACCCAGCAGGUCUGGCUGGAGAGGUGUUGAUAGACGGAGCUCCUCAACCUCCCAACUUCAAAUGUCUCUCAGGAUACGUGGUCCAGGAUGAUGUGGUGAUGGGAACUCUGACUGUGAGGGAGAACUUCCGUUUCUCUGCAGCGUUGCGUCUUCCGUCCUCCAUCAGCCAGAAGGAGAAAGAGGACAAAGUCAACCGACUCAUCACAGAACUGGGCCUCACUAAAGUAGCAGACUCACGGGUUGGUACCCAGUUGAUCAGGGGAAUAUCAGGAGGGGAAAGGAAGAGGACAAACAUCGGUAUGGAGCUGAUCAUCGACCCUCCUGUUCUCUUUCUGGAUGAACCCACCACCGGCCUGGACGCGAGCACAGCUAACUCUGUACUACUACUGCUCAAGAGGAUGUCUAGUCAUGGCCGUACCAUCAUCCUGUCCAUCCACCAGCCUCGUUAUUCCAUCUUCCGUCUGUUUGACAGUCUGACUCUGCUGGUUAGCGGCAAACAGGUUUACCACGGCCCCGCUCAGAGUGCUCUAGACUACUUCUCUAACAUCGGGUACACUUGUGAACCCCACAACAACCCGGCUGACUUCUUCCUGGACGUGAUCAAUGGAGACUCUACCUCCAUCGCCUUCGACAGGAUAAAGGAAGCAGACGACUCGGACCCAGACAGGGUAACCAGUUCCAGGCAGAACAUCGAGGACCAUCUGGUCCAGGAGUACCGGGGGAGUCAGUACUAUGGAGAGACCAAGGCCCAGUUAGAACGCAUCACCAUGAACAGAGAGUACAGUGUGAAGACUCCCUCUCGGACAAUCACGUACAACACCUCCUUCUCUACUCAGUUCAGAUGGGUCCUGAAGAGAACCUUCACUAACCUCAUCCUCAACCCUCAGACGUCCUUCGCUCAGAUUGGAGUGACUGUGUUCCUGGCCCUCAUCGUUGGGGCCAUAUUCUUUGGAGUGAAGAAUGACCAGAGUGGCUUACAGAACAGGAUGGGUGCUCUAUUCUUCAUCACCACCAAUCAGUGUUUCAGUUCCGUGUCUUCUGCUGAGCUCUUCAUCACCGAGAGAAAACUGUUCAUUCAUGAGUACAUCAGUGGUUACUACAGAGUAUCAGUCUACUUCCUGUGUAAAUUACUCAGUGACAUCAUCACCUUAAGGACGCUCCCUGCCAUCUUCUUCAGCUGUGUGGCUUACUUCAUGAUCGGGUUUAAAGCUACAGUCGAGGCCUUCUUCCUGUUCAUGUUGACCGUAGCUCUGGUAGCCUAUACAGCUACUGCUAUGACCAUGGCUAUAUCAGCUGACCAGAGUGUUGUGGCGAUCGCCAACAUCUUCAUGACCAUAGCCUUCGUCUUCAUGAUGAUCUUCUCAGGCCUGUUGGUGAACCUGCCCAGUAUUGUUGAGUGGCUAGCCUGGUUCCAGUACCUCAGCAUCCCUCGGUACGGACUAACAGCUCUCCAAAUUAAUGAGUUUGUAGGUCUCCAGUUCUGUGGAGACAUUCCCCUCAACGGCACCUUGCCCCCUGGUAUGACAUGCACGGGGGAAGACUUUCUGAAGAACCAGGGGAUCGACUACACCACGUGGGGGCUGUGGCAGAAUCACGUUGCCCUGGCGAUCAUGACCGUAAUCUUCAUGGCGAUCGCAUACUUCAAACUACGCUUCACUAAGAAGUUCACAUAG